AUAUCAUGUGAUUCAGGUGUUCCAAUCCCCUCCAUAUCAUGUGAUUCAGGUGUUCCAAUCCCCUCCAUAUCAUGUGAUUCAGGUGUUCCAAUCCCCUCCAAUCAUGUGAUUCAGGUGUUCCAAUCCCCUCCAUAUCAUGUGAUUCAGGUGUUCCAAUCCCCUCCAUAUCAUGUGAUUCAGGUGUUCCAAUCCCCUCCAUAUCAUGUGAUUCAGGUGCUCCAAUCCCCUCCAUAUCAUGUGAUUCAGGUGUUCCAAUCCCCUCCAUAUCAUGUGAUUCAGGUGUUCCAAUCCCCUCCCAAUCAUGUGAUUCGGGUGCUCCAAUCCCCUCCAUAUCAUGUGAUUCAGUUGUUCCAAUCCCCUCCAUAUCAUGUGAUUCAGGUGCUCCAAUUCCCUCCCAAUCAU